AUGGGUAAGAGAAAGAAGUCGUCGAGAAAGCCGGUGCAGCGUGUGGUGCAGAAGCUGGAUACGAAGUUUAACUGUUUGUUUUGUAACCAUGAAAAAUCAAUAUCGUGUACAUUGGAUAAGAAGAACAAUAUCGGUGCGUUAACGUGCAAGAUUUGUGGACAGUCGUUCCAAACUAGGAUCAAUUCUCUCUCACAACCUGUGGAUGUGUAUAGUGACUGGUUUGACGCUGUAGAAGAAGUUAAUCAAGGUAGGGGAAGUGAAUCUGAAGAAGAAGAAGGUUCUAGCAGUGACUACGAGAGCGAUUCUGAUGAAGAUGAUAACGUGGCAAGAAAGAAAGCUACGGUUCUGGAUUCUGAAGAAGAAGAACUGGAUGAAGAACUGGAUGAAGAUAGCGAAGAUGAAGGGUUUGCUUCGAAGAAAAGAGGCACAAGAACUCUCCUUGAUAGUGACGACGAAGAUGAAUAA